UACUUGAUGUUCAAGAAGAUGUGCACGAGGGAUGAAGACCCCGCCAGGGCCACCACCGUGAAACAAGCUGCUGCCAUCAUCGGCCAAGACGGGAAUGUCUGGGCCCAGACCACCAAUUUCCCCAAGCUUACGAUUGAAGAGAGAAUCGCCAUCAUGCGCGAAUUCGAUGAACCUGGGAUGCUCACUACCAUCGGACUCUACCUUGGCGGCACCAAGUACGUGGUGAUCGGAGUCAAACCUGGUGAUGUUAUUCGGGCACAUAAGUGGCCUCAAGGUGUGACCAUCAAGAAGACAGGUGCGGCCUUGGUCAUUGGCAUCUAUAGCAACCAUGCAACUUCUAAUAUGUGCAACGUGAUUGUUGAGAGGGUGGGUGAUGACUUAAUCAAGCGGGGCUAUUAGGCACGUCCGAUUGCAUCAUUCCUUCCCAUCUGGAAUCUUUGCAUUCUCUCGAUGCAAGUAUAUAGAUCAGAUCGGGAUGCUUGGAGUUGAUGCACUUUUUCAUUGGACGACAUGGAAAUCUCAAGUGCAAGAAAGGUUGUUUGGUUUGUAAAUGGACUUAGACACCUGCCGUUUCUUUAUUUCUUUAAUUA